AUGAAUUGUCCUUUAAUUCGUCAUGAAGGGAAAGAACCAAACUCUCCACAUAAAAAUGCUGUGAAAUGUUGCGAGGAUUUACAGAAUUAUUCACGACAUAUUGACAAGCUAAUUGAGAAACAAACGUCAAAAGAAUUAGAGAAUAAUCGGUUGCGGCUCAAAACCUCAAUAGAGUGUGCUCGAUGGCUAGCAUUCCAAGCUUGUGCUUUUAGAGGUCAUGAUGAAAGCCUUGAUUCAAAAAAUAGAGGCAAUUUUAUUGAAUUGAUAAAAUUGACAUCAACUUUUAAUGACAAAGUAGCUAGUGUUGUCUUGGAAAAUGCUCCUGGAAAUGCCAAAUAUACAUCACCCACAAUUCAAAAGGAGAUUUUGCAUAUUCUUGCUAAUAAUGUGCGAAAUGCUAUUCGUGAAGAAAUUGGAGAUGCAAAAUUCUGCAUUCUUGUUGAUGAAGCUCGGGAUGAGUCGAAGAGAGAGCAAAUGGCCAUCAUUUUGAGAUUUGUUGAUAAAGAAGGUUUUAUUAAAGAGCGUUUUUUUUAUGUUGUGCAUGUUAGAGACACUACUGCAUUGACUUUAAAGAAUGAGAUAUGUGCUGUCCUUUUUCGUUAUAACCUCCACAUUGAAAAUAUUCGAGGUCAAGGAUAUGAUGGGGCUAGUAACAUGCGUGGUGAAUGGAAUGGAUUACAAGCUCUUUUUCUUAAAGAUUGUCCAUAUGCUUAUUAUGUACAUUGUAUGGCUCAUAGGUUGCAAUUAGCUCUAGUUACAGCAUCUAGAGAAGUAAAAGAUGUUCAUCAAUUCUUUGAUCAUUUGGUCAAUAUUAUCAAUAUUGUUGUUGGUUCUAGUAAGCGUAGUGAUGAAUUGCAACAUGCUCAAGCAGAACAAGUUGAGAAUAUGAUUGCUUCUAAUGAAAUUGAGACUGGAAGAGGUGCAAACCAGAUUGGUACUUUGCAACGAGCUGGAGAUACUAGGUGGGGAUCUCAUUUUCAAUCUAUUUGUAGUUUGAUUAAAAUGUUUGAUGCUACUUGCAAAGUUAUCAACACUAUUUCUGAGGAAGGAGCUAAUUAUAAACAACGCGGUGAUGCCGAGGGAGCUUAUCAGGUAUUAACAUCAUUUGAAUUUAUUUUAAUCUUGCAUUUGAUGAAAGAGAUAAUGGGAAUUACUAAUGUUCUUUGUCAAGCUUUGCAACAACAAUCUCAAGACCUUUUAAAUGCCAUGCAUUUAGUUUCAACUACAAAAUCACUUAUUCAAAAGUUGAGAGAUGAUGGAUGGGAGCCUUUACUUGCUAGUGUUAUAUCAUUUUGUGAGCAACAUGAAAUUGAUAUUCCUGAUAUGAAUGCUCGUUACACUAAAGGUCGAGGUAGAUAUCGUCGUCAAGAUGACGAUUUAACAAUGGAACAUCAUUUUAGAAUUGGCAUAUUUACAGUUGCAAUAGACUUUCAAUUGCAAGAAUUGAAAAGUAGAUUUUGUGAGCUAACAACGGAACUUGUCAUUCUUAGUUCAGCUUUAAAUCCCAAGGAUGCUUUUAGAUUAUUCAAGAUUGUUGAUAUAUGA